AUGGUCAUGAUGCCCCAAAGGAUUCAGCCGGCUCUUCUGCUCUCUAAGUUGGCAGUCAAUGCAGCAUUAACCUCAACAUCGCCCAUACUAGCUGUCCCGAGCCAGGCUUGGGCUUCGCUCAACGCCAGCGUUGCCCUGGGGAGACGCCACUACUUACAGAGACCCACGCAUCAAGACAAGUCGAAGGGAAAGAAGAGGGUCAAGAGAGAAGUGGAUGAUGACGCAGAAGACAAGUGGACAUCGGACAGCAACACGACGGCCACAUCAGACAAUAGGCCAGCGGCUACUGCGUCGCAGAGCUUCUGGAAGAGGGUCAAGUCUUCCCACAGACUGGACGAGGGCGUUUCCAGUACAUCCUCGAAGAAGAACACGGGUGAAGCGGCCCAGAGUACGGGACAGGCCAAGACAACGUCCACUGGCAAGCCAGAAGGGACUGAGCCCUCGGGAUACGUCUAUUCGGCCCCCCUUUGUGGGCUGCUCACUUACCCCCCACGGCUUAUUUCAGCUCUCCAGGACUUUGCCUCGAAGUUUCCCUCCGACUUACUCCCUAUAAACCAGAUGAUUCUGGCCACACACCUGUGGAUGGAUAUCCGAAACUCACCAAAAUUCGCCUCAAGACAGUCCACUGAUCCCAUCCCCGACAUCCCCCUGGCCUGUAUGAUCCUCUAUUACGGCCACUGGCUGAGGUGGACACACGAGAUGCAGCUGGCCGAGCAUCCUCAUCCUUUCCCAUGGGUGGAGAAGGCUUGUGCCACAGACCUCAAGGCGAUGCGCUUCGACACUGGCGAUGACGAUCUGGACCAAGAGGAAAUCCAAGCCCUGAUGGCUCUGGUGUCGGCGGCCGUUCCAGGAGUGCACAUGCUCGACAGGGUCCGCAUAUCCCCAUGCUGCAUGCCCGAGGCUGGUAAUUGCGGCCACGAGCUCAAGCCCUCGAAAAUAUCGCUCGCGCUCAGUGGGGUGCCAGAUAUCCAUCUCAUGGGUCUUCGGACAUACGAUCACGCAAAUGGCCGGAUCGGGGACAACAAGUUCACGUCAGUCUCGUGGCCACAGUUCCUGGACUACCUCCUCUAUCAUCCGCCCAUAUACAAGUACCCGUUUGCGCCGCACCAUAGGCUUGAGGCUUGCAGAUUCAUGCCCCAGACAUGGGGUACAGUUACAGGUGCGAAAGGUUGCUGGGGAUUUGCUGUAAAGCCUCUUCCCGAUGUGCCUACCGAGCCCAUUGAUGGAAGCGAGAAACUGGUGCAGCUAAAAGCCCUGCUUUCACCCGACGACUACAAACUUUACAUACACCAGUCACGAAUCCAUCAUGAAAAGACACUGAACUACAUUCGUGAUACAGGCCCAUGCGCUUUUACAACCAACGCAAACGGCUGGUUGAGGCCCUCAGGAAUGCCGCCACUGACGAGGGCUGACUUGACGAGACCGGCACCAGUGGCCUUGACUUUGGGAUUGCCCCCUCUACCCCUGGCCCGGAAUGUCAUCAACCCUAACGAAACGGCUGGAGCUACGAUUGGACAGGUGGCCCAGUCUGAAGAAGACCCGGACAUGCGACAAUGGAAGAGUCCAGCGGGCAAGGUGGACUCGGAAGCCUUUGACGAGUUACUGGCGCUCUGGACCGCCAUCCCGCAGGGAUGCCACUUCGCCUGGUACAGGGGCCUUGAACUGUUGAAGGGUUCGACGAGGGAGGGCGUGACCACGGAAGACUUGCUGUUAUUCAUGAACCAACUCAUGGAACGGGUACGGCGAGACACAGGCUUCAUUGCCGACAUCAUGAGCAAAGCCCUAGAAGGACUCCAACGCAUGGUAUCCGCAGAGACCUCUGCACACAUCAGAGAUCGGAAGGUCAAGCAGAUAAUGUGUCUGUGGAAGAUGGUCAAGAAGGCCAUGGGUGAACUGGGAGCUGAAGGAGACAAGUGGCUGGUGGACUGGAAAAAGCUGGCGGCCCAGUAUGGCGAGGUGCAAAGGGAGUCGAAGAAGGACUGA